GGACUUCAGAGCCCGCGAGUCAGAGUGGCGUCAACCCAGUGAGACCGUGUUGCUUGCCAGUGCCCGAACUCUCGGUUUGGGAUCUGCUGUCGACCUCUCAAUCUUCUCUUCUGGCGGCCGUGGGUGUUGUCGACACCUCUCCACCCAAUCCUCAUUUAUAAUCUCGUUUGAACUCAAGACAUGGAUGUCACGGUGCGCUUUAUUGACAGGAUGAAAUAGUCUGAAUAAUCCGAAUUGAAUCGAGUCGGACAGGAUUUAACAGCCUUUCGCAAUCAACUAACUUGACAACAGAGUCGGCGGGGGAGAAUUUCGAACAUCUUGCUUGCAGUAAAAGUGGAAACGCAACUGCCCGCAACAGCAACAGUUAUGUUUUGACGGGUGAACAAACGAUUUUGGAAUGAAGUUACAAAAGGGUAGACGGCGGCCCUUCCAGCGGUUCUGCUGCGGGGGAAUCGGGCUUCUCGCGGUCAUUUGGCUCUCACAGGUCCUACACGUGACAGACACCAGCCUGUCUGGGAGGCAGUCAGGACACCAUGCUGGACCACAGCUUUUCAGACGUAGACUGAUGCAGGAGUGGAUGGAAAACCAGACCCUGGACCAGACCCCAGAACAGCCCAGAGCAGCCAUCCAUGAGUUUCCUGAAGACAUCUUCACCAAGGAGGAGAGGCGAGGGGGGGCCGUGCUUCUACACGUGCUGUGUGCCAUCUACAUGUUCUAUGCGCUAGCUAUAGUGUGUGACGACUACUUUGUUCCAUCCCUCGAGAAAAUAUCAGAGAACCUUCAACUCAGUGAGGAUGUUGCCGGGGCAACCUUUAUGGCCGCCGGGAGCUCCGCCCCUGAGCUGUUCACCUCUCUCAUUGGUGUGUUCAUCACUAAGGGGGAUGUGGGGGUUGGCACCAUUGUAGGCUCUGCUGUCUUUAACAUCCUGGUCAUUAUUGGUGUCUGUGGGAUCUUUGCAGGACAGACGGUGGUUCUGACAUGGUGGUCCCUGUUCAGAGAUUCUCUGUACUACAUACUGUCAGUGCUGGCUCUCAUCCUGGUCAUCUAUGAUGCCAAAGUGGUCUGGUGGGAGUCUCUGAUGCUCAUCUCGAUGUAUGGAGUCUACAUUCUGAUCAUGAAGUUCAACUCUCCGAUCCGGGGUUUUGUGGAGCGUCGGCUGGAGGCUUCUGGGCCGUGCUGCCGGGGCUCCGAGGCCCUGAGGGAGGAGCAGGCAGGAGACGACGGAGCCAACUGCAACACCUCCAUGACGCUGCUGAAGAAAGGGUCGUCAGGCCCGGGGCAGGAGUCUUCUCCGGUGGUGAUGGUGGACGAGCUGCUGAUCCUGAACCCCCACCAGCUGUCCUUCUCCGAGGCGGGGCUGCGGAUCAUGAUCACGCCCCACUUCUCCCCCCGGACCAGGCUCAGCAUGGCCGGGCGCGUGCUCAUCAGCGAGAGACAGAGGUUGAUCCGCAGCCCCGGGGGCCAGCAGGACGGCGAGGCUAGCCCCCUGAAGGGCUCUGGAGGUCUGGAGAACGGAGGCAGCGUGGAGAGGCAGACUCCCGUGGGGGCCGGGGUGAGGGACGGGGAGGCGGGCGAGAAGCCGGGGGCCGAGGGCUGCCGUGCGGACGAGGAAGAGGAGGAUGACGACGCUCCUUUCAGGCCUUUCUACCUCCCGGGCAGCUGGGCUGCCCGGGCCAAGUGGCUGAUCUCCUGGCCCCUGAGCACCCUCCUCUACUGCACCGUGCCCAACUGUGUGUGGCCUCGCUGGCACCGCUGGUUCAUGGUGUCGUUCAUGGGCUCCACCCUCUGGAUCGCCAUCUUCUCCUAUCUCAUGGUGUGGAUGGUCACCAUCAUCAGCCACACUCUAGACAUCCCAGACUACAUCAUGGGCAUCACCUUCCUGGCUGCCGGCACCAGCGUGCCAGACUGCAUGGCUAGCCUCAUCGUGGCACGGCAAGGUAUGGGCGACAUGGCAGUGUCGAACUCCAUCGGCAGUAACAUCUUUGACAUCCUGUUGGGGCUGGGAUUCCCCUGGGCUCUACGGACUCUGGUGGUGGAACACGGAUCAUCGGUCUACAUCAACAACAAGGGGCUGGUGUACUCUGUAGUCCUGCUGCUGGCCUCUGUCUUCCUGACCGUGACGAGUGUCCAUCUGAACCACUGGAAGCUGGACCGCCGCCUGGGCCUGGGUCUCCUGUCCCUCUAUGCCGUCUUCCUGCUCUGUUCCAUCCUCUUCGGGAACAUGUGAGGCCGUCGAGGUCAGGGGUCAACCCUGGCAGGCCCUUCCCUCUAACUAGAGGGCCCGCGGGGGCCCUCUAAUCACCCUCCUCCGGCCAUGCCAAAAAGAGUAAGCUCCUGUCUGCUGUGCUGGUGUUCGUGUGUGCCACAAACGGGAUAUGAGAAGGUGGUGGUAAGCACAUACUGCACAUUGUGUACACACACACACACGCAAUUACCCACUCACGCGCAAAUGCACAUAGGCACACGCGCGCUCGCAUGCACUUACUCACACCCACACACACACACACACACACAAAAAAAUUUAUCAGUAAGUUCAUUGGUACAGUGGAGUGUUUCAAGAGCCCUUAAACAUUGAGUAACAAUAGUACGGUCAGUUUGUUUCCUUGUUUCCUGACGUUCACCUGGGAUCAAUAUAUGAAGGAUGAGACACGCCGUGAUUACCCAUGAACUUUGGCAUAUUUUGCAGAAGCUCACGGAUACCAAAAGUGGGCCGUCUUUAUCUCACUGAUUGCAUUACAGUACGGUGGAUGGCAGCUCAAUUUGGCCUCUAAGGGGAUAUAUGUCCACAUAGUUGGCUGUCUUGUAGAAUUUCACUAAAUUAAAUGUAUUUGAUUUAUAACAAAUUGCAUGAUAACUUGGUUUUUACAAUCGUUUGCAUAUAUUGUUUAUUUUAAGGAGCAACAGUUGGCCACCAUUAGUUUGUAGCUUAUUUAGGGUUCUGUUGCUAUAGGUUACGAGUCACUGCUGGUCCCAUGAAAUCCGAACAUCCGCGUCCUGAUGACGUCAUCGACUCAACCUUCAUAUAUUCAACCUAGAUGUUUACCUUUCCAUGUUUGUUUAUGACGUACACCCUAGCUGGCUUUGCCUAGUUUUGUGGUUACGCUGUAUUUGUGUACAGAUGAGCAGAACAUUAGAACCGUGUAAGACACGAUAAUAAAGUCAAUAAAUCUCUGAAGAUGCCGUUAUGUGAAUAUAUUUUGUAAGUGACUGAUAGAGUUCGAGUGAGGGUCAAAUAAUUAAUUUUGCCUGACCGACUGCUUUUGAACAAGUGUUACAAAUGACGUAAAUAGAUUAACGUGAAAUCAAAGAUUUAUAGCAUUUCUAGAGAUGUUAUUAUAUGUAAAAUAUAUGUUUCUAUGAGUGUCACCACCUUUGGUAACAUGCGUACGGGUCUGUUGUAAUAGUUCACCAAGUUUAGGUACGAUAAAUGUUUGUAAAAAUUAGAAGUUUCCCAGUAUUACUAUACAACUAUUACUGUCUUCAAGACAAUACUUUUUACUGUUUCUAAAUGUUUACUAAAUAUAGUUUUACAAAAAAAUGAAUGUCAGACAGAAAAUAGAUUAGAUAGAUUUGUGAUAUUUGAUAUUUAUAAGAUCUAGAUGACGUACUUCCUAUUUGUGAAUAUUGCACACUGUAACUUAAAGAUAUGUAUAUUUUUGUCACUUGGUUCAAUAAUACAAAAAAGACACACUUUAGAUCGGCAUACUCUUAUUCGAUACGAAUGUUUGAAUCUGAUUGCAUGUGUGUCUUCAAUGUCACUUUCCACUGAAGGUUCAAUUUGGCACCUAAACUUUGAUUCAUGAUAUAUAUUUAUUAUUUUCAAAUUUUUUUUAGGUGUCUUUGUUUGUGACACCAACAGGCAAUGGUUUGCCCUGCAAAAGUGUUAGAAGUAUUUUGUAUCGUUAUUUAUUAAUUCAUUUAACACAGAAAACCCAUUGAGUGCAGUAAUGUGAAUAUUAUCUUGAAUAUUAAUAAUCUGAGAUUAUUUACGUGUAAAAUGUCACAAAUAAAAUGCAAGAUAGUCCUGCAAAAAAAUUAUAACAUUUUAAAGAUCCACAUGGACAAAAAUCUAACAGGAAAUGCUAAAUGUUUGUAGUAUAAGAAUGGCAAUAACUAAAUAAUUUUAUAGCAGAAAAAUAAGCAAUUUUGAUACAUUUAGAUUAUGUACAAAUUGAGGUAUGAGUACAGAUGAUUGAGAGUCAAACAAGCCUGUUAUUGGUGCUGUCUACCUGAUCCUUGUUACAUGACUGUUACAUGCCUGUUUUCUCUUACUCACCCUCAACAAAGGGCGGAGACAGAAAGAACGCUUUGUGUUCCAGCUAUCUAACCCUAGAUUGUGGGCACACAGUUGAAUCCAGAACAGUCAUUGGCGCAAUGGAGAUAUAAAGUUGUAAUCUAAUCUCAGUCAUGAAUCUGGCCUUCAAUAACAGAGCAGUUAAGUAAAACAUUUCCAGAUGACAGAAACCGGUUACAGUAUGUUUGAACAGUGUUCUUUCCUCAAUAUUUUAUUCUGUUAUAGUUGGAGCCAUCAGAUAUUUUAGCGCUGAGAUUUCUUUAUUUAGAGAUGGUGUCUGAUCAUAGAGAAAUGUUGUAUGUUGUUCAGUGCAAUAAAUUAAAUCUGUGCAAUAACCA